AUGUCUUCAUCCACGCUCCCAAACCUAAAUGCAAAGCCUGAGCUCUUCUUCCAAUCACUCAAUGGCACAGGUAAUGAGACAGCUCUAUUGAUACACGGCGGAUUCGGUAGCAACAAAGAAUGGGAUAACGUAACACCCGCGCUCAUCGAGAAUGGCUACCACGUGCUUCUCCCAGACCUGCCCGCCCACGGUCAAUCCGUAGCGAUCCAGCCUUUCACAGUCGACUACGCAGCUCAACUAAUCUUCGAGCUGAUCGCCAAACAUGCCCGAAAUGGCAGCGCGCAUAUCGUAGGUCUGAGCAUAGGCGCGCAUGUUGCCGCCUGCGUCGCCGAGCGUGGAGGGCCUGAUCAUGUCCUUUCGGUCAUCGCGUCGGGAUACAAUGUUUUCCAACCACCUCGCUUUACCGUACCGCUUUUCGCACCACCCGUCUUCUUUCUGCUACAUUUGGUUAACGCCGCUACGGAUCUGCGGGCAGAGUUGGCGGCUUGGCAGAAUGGCGAAGCAUCCUACGCGCUAAUUAAGGAGAUGACGAGGACGAUCGUUCAAUCGAGAGAAAUUGGUGACAUUCAUAUACGUCUGUUGGCGGUCGCAAGUGCAUCCACUGACACUUGGUUGUCGAAGGAUCGUCCUGGCAGCUCGAAAAGGCUUCUUGAAGCCGUCGUUGGCGGACGUGAGAAUGGAAGUCGCGCCGUAAUGCAUCAUAGCAUCAGACAUAGUUGGCAUAUAGAAGAGCCUGCGUUGUUUGGGGCGUUGAUACUUGCGUGGAUUAGGGACGAGGCAUUGGAUAACAAAUUUAAGGACGUUGAGUAG